AUGAACACUCCAAGAAAACCUAACUCAUUUAGUAAGGUCAUUGACUGUGCUGGCAAGACCAUGGAACGCCUAGCCGAAGGGAACGGAGCGGCAAGUCUAUCGGUGGAUCUCAAUUUUGAGCCUUUGAUGCAACAGAUGGAGCGGGAUAUCGAAGCUGCGCAAAGGAAGCUCGAGAGCCUCGAACCCGGAUCCAGCUUGAUGGAUAGAAAGACCUUCGCCAUGAGUUGCAGGGUUGAGAUUGAAGCAGUUAUAGCCAAAGUUAGCCAGACAGGAAUGUUCCUCAACAUCACUCUCGUCAACUUGUUGAUGCAAACCAUCGUCCAAGAAUCGUCCAGCACCUCCUUGAAGCAUUCAUUAAUAAAUUCAGGCAUUCAACCAAGCUUGAAUGAGACUCUUGAGGCUGUUAAAGAUACUGUCAGGGAUGUUUUGAGCAGAUCCGCUGAAUCCGAGUCUCAGGCUCCUGAGAACUCUACCGAAGGACAGCUUGUGGAUGAACCUUCAAAACCAGAGACCAUCAAGUCGACAAUAUCAGGAAAGAGUUCUUGGUACAAACCGAGACGCCAUGACUCAAAUGGCAGCUUGCGACAACAGUUUGUAUCUAAAGUCAGAAACUCCUUCACAAGCUUUACUCCAAAGUCUCAUUUGUCCGAGGUACUCUCAGAGAGCGAUGUUCCUGCGAUCCCACCUGAGCCUGUGUCUAUCUAUCUCUGCUCCUGA